CAGAAAAUGAUUUAGCCCGCUGGAAAAUCCGCUGAAGACAUAAAUGAUCGUGGAGUAGUGCGAAAAACCACAGCAAAUUGGCGAAAUGGUGCACUGGACGAGAGUGAUCUCCGGAUUUGACGCUGAGGACGAAACCGUGAAUUUUGGUGCUCGAACAGUGGCAGAACACGAUGGAGCUAUUUACGAGACCUGGACUAGGGCGACGAUUCAAUGUGACAGCCCGGAGGAGCCUCAGCCAGGUCUCCAGGGUCAUGAAGAGCCUCAGGCGCCCCCAAGAGUUCACGCCUCCUUCGAGCACACGUUCCUCUGCAUCUCGGUGGACAACUCGCUGACGAUUUUCUCCGACGACUCUUGUCAGGAGAUCCUCACGAGCAUCGGGUUCGACUCUCCAGUGACGAGCUAUACUGUCUCAUCCUCAGAGCUUCUGUUCGCAGCGAUUGCCCCAGGUAUUAUCCACUGCUUCAACCUCUCCCUGGGAUCCAAGCAGCUCUUCUGCCUGGACCUGGAGUCCUACAACUGCGACACAAUCAUCCACCUGUCCCUGAAGGAGGAAGGAAGCACCCUGGCCCUGACAAUGGUCACCUCCUCGGGGAAGAUCCUCAUACACCCGUCGAUAAAUCCGUGCGAGAAAAUCGACCUCUCAAAAAUAAAAAUUCUGUCAGAGAGCUCUCCAAUUUCCUCGGCCUCAUUCACCCCCAGAGAGAAAUCCCUGGUCACCCUCGGGGACGAGGUCCUCCUCCACACCAGAAAGAUCUCCUGCCCCCUGAAGUCCCUCCCCUAUCGCUACAAAAAACUCCAGUUCUUCGAGAACUACUCAGGAAUGAUCGCCCUGAGGAGCGAUGGAGCCCUUUCCAUCGUCUGCCGAUUGACUCUCCUCUCGAAAAAAAUUCACAACGGUCCCAUCGAGGACUUCGUCGUGAUCCCCGAGGCGACAGACCACCACCUCCUGGUGUUGAUGACUCCCCAGCCCUCCGAGGAUACCACGUCCCUCCACUUAAUGAGUUAUCCAGACUUCCAGGUGAAGUUCUCGAUGGUGGUACCCAGGGAUUGCUACCUGGUGGAUCUUAACCACAUCGUGGAUCACUUGAUCUUCCUGGAGGGGGCAAGAAACCAGCGGGGAGUGAUUGACACCAUCAGGAUCAAAGCAAUCGAGGAGAGUUCCCCCGAGUUUCGACUCCAGAGGCUCCUGAGACGACAAAAAUUCGAGGAAGCCAGAGAAUUCUCCAGGAAAUUUGGUCUCGACGAGGAGAUGGUGUUCCACGCGGAGGCCAGAAUGCUAAUGGAGCGACUCCAGCCGUCAGUGCACUCCAAGGAAUUCGUCGAUGUGAAUUUCUUCCUGGAGACGUUGGAUAAAAUAAAAGACGUGGAAUUUGUUUACGAGUGCUGCAAAAACGCCCUGACGAGGGAUUACCAGGAGACACGACGACUCCUGACGUACUCUAGAAGGAGAAUUGUGGAAUACCUCAGCUCAGGGUGCCAGCAAUCCCAGGAAUCGCUCUCAAGACUUCUCCACCAGGUGUCAGAGACCCUGAGAAGACUGGAAACCUUCGAGUUAAUCCACACGUCCCACAGCAUCGACGACUGGAACCGAUUUUCAAGGUCAAAUCUCCUGGAGGAAUGCAGGAGAUACCUGACGCUGGGCGAGAUGGACUCAGCAGCUCUCCUCUGGAUUCGUCACACACCCUUUCCCCAGAUGACUAACUCCAGCAUUGAGCACCUCCUGGAGGCAAUUCCCGAAGCUCUGGAGCCAUCGUCCCUGUGGCCAUGGCUCCACCACUUCAUUCCCUCAGCUACUGCUCUCAUACCCACAAGCCUCCCAUCGAUUCUCCAGUGGUCCCUCAAGAGAACCAGAUCCCUGGAGAUCUACCACAGAGACUCGUGGCCCAGGAUCGGCCUGGAAUUCGCCGAGGGACUCGUCUCGAUGCUCCAAUUCGAGGAGUACAACGUGUGCUUUCAAUUUCACCAGCAGUACGCCUCCAAGGACUCCCAUCUGAUGAUGCUCCAGAGGCUGGUGCAGGCGAUGUCUGAUCUCCAGGAUCUCAAGACGAAAUAUAAAAUCAUGAUACCCCUGGGGAUCUACCUGGGGGAUCCCACAGACGUAAUUCAUCUUCUUCUCAACAAGAUUCACAUCGACGAGAUUCCCUCGUUGAUGAUUAAUUUCGUCCAGCAGUACAUGAUGAACAACUCCCUGAGAAAUGAUCAGGUGUUGUCGUCGUACGUUGGAAAAAUUCUCAAGAUGUCCAAGGGCUGGUGGAUGUGGGAGAGAGCACCCUGGGACAAAAGACUGGCAGUCGUCAUUGGACAUAUUCACAACGUUCAGAAUAAACUCCAGCAGGUGCUCGAGGUACUCAAGAAGGCGCCAGUCCCCUGGUCCCCAGCUGUCUCUGGACUUGCUGAGGAGAGCUGCAGGUGUGAUCAUCCCCUGGUGGGGCAGAUAAGAAUCGAGAGCAGCUCGGUGGCUGUUAAAUUAAUCAUGAAGAAGUACGGAUUCGCCCACGUCGGCCUCACCCCGAACCUCUACCACAGAAUAAUCCGUGAGGAUCGUGACAGCAUGAUCGAGGACCUCCUGGAGUUGACGAAAAACGAUCAGAAGAAUAAACAGAAGAGGAUAAUGGGAGUCUGUGUUAGUUAUCACCUGAGGACAGGUGACCUGGACAAGGUGACGAGGAUUCUAGAGGCUCUCGAGGAUGAGAUCUUCGAUUUCUGCUGCAAACACAUCAUCAAUGAUCUCCAGGUGAGGCUCAACAACUUCGGGGAGUUCGAGGAUCCCUCCCUGGGAUUCUACGUCGAGAUCCUGGGGCCCCUGUCGAGACUAUCGAAGAGCAACGAUGACACCCUGAAGAGGAUCCCCCACCUGAGAGCAAUUUAUGUCUUGAAGACUCAAUUCAAAAUUUCUCUCAACGUUCGCGAUUAUUUCUCCAGUAAAAAACAGAUCCUCCUAGAGUUCAUCUCGGGUCUCAUUGAGAUUGGUGACCCGGGAGAGGAAAUCCUGAGACAGCUCGACCGAGUCUCAAGCCUCCUGGGGCUCCCCAAAUUAUCAGGGGUGUACGAGUACUUCGAAGCAACGAAAAAUGUGAAAGUUCUCCAGGAGUUUUUGAUAAAUCGUGUGAGCACGUGGGACAUCCUGAACCCCGAUGAGUGCCAGAUGUCCUUGAGGAUGAUCUCCCAGGUGAUGCUGGAAGCAGAGGACGAUCCCAUACUGGCCAGAGCCCUGAAGACUCUCAUCUCAACAAUAUCCAUGUGCUCUCCCACCGAAGAUUUACCCCACGUCCUAGAUUCCCUGAUUGACAUAAACUCGUACAAUGAAGCUGUCAGCCACCCCCGAGAGCUCCAGGAGACGUCUCUUUACCCCAUUUACAGGGACGCCUCGAUAUCCUCCGGUGACGUUCUCAUCCCUUAUCUCAAGGAUCUCCUCGCUCUGUCCUGUCAUCACGAGAAUAAUUCCAGUAAUAAUUCAAUUCACGCGGAGAUGCUCGUCGUCAGGAGGAGUUUGGCCGUGAGAACUCGGGGUCUUAUGAACGAGCACCACGAUCUCGCAGUCCUAAAGAUCCUCACCUCUAUGUACCUGAGGAUGUCCUCACUAUUACCCAAGAGCGAGGCGAUGCUCCAGGAGGUUAAAUCGAUCCUCAACACGUGCAACUCGAUGAUGCUGAAGAAGGUAAUCGAUGCCAUCGUCUUCGACGUCCACCUGGGGCUUGUCUGUCUCUUCAGCCUCCCCAGGAGCAACUCCCUGAAGCUCCUGGAGCAUUGCGGACAGCUGUACGAGAACGACCAGCGACGAGAUCGUGUGAUAAAGGAGCUCAGCUACGAGUACUUCAGGUUGACGAAUAACAUGGUGCAGAUAGAGGCAUUGAAAUCAUCGAGACUCCUCCACAACUGGGCUCAGAGGCUCGCCACCUGUGGUGUCCCCUACAGGGAAGUCAUCACCAGCAGUAACGAGGACAAAAGAAAUAUCUUGAAGAGAAUAAUGACCUCGAAGAAGCCUGACACUCUGGAGGUCCUCAGGGAUUUUUGCCAGGACUUUGGAUUCAUAUUCACUGACUGUUGUCUCAGCUACCUGGAAAUUCUCCUCACCACGUGGGAGCCAGAGUUGAGGAGGCAUGAGGGUCACCAGCCAUCCACCUUGAAGAUCGAUGAUAAACAGGUAAAAGAAUUGAUCGUGGAGUCGAAAAAAGUGGCUGCAGAGAUCGAGGACAAGACAGCCAUGAAGAAGUACCUGGUGGAUGCCCUGACAACUCCGUCCUUCAACAUGUAUCACUACGAGGUCUUCUUGAUUGCCCUGGAGAUCGCUGAGAUGAAUGAUAAAAUUGACUGGAUCAGUCAUUUGUGUUUCCUCCAGAAUUACACGAGAAUUGGUAAGCCUACGGAGGUGGAGACAGAUGCCUGGUUGAACUGGUGUCAGGAGCCACAGCUACCAGAGAUCGCCAAGUGGAGACUUCCAUUUUUUCCAAGGGUUGAUUUCAAAAUUGUCAUGCCUGAGCUCAAUCUCAAGACUUAUGAGCUGUGGCUGAGUAUCGCUCCAGUCCUAGGGAUAUCCACUCCCAACAUCUGCACCCUGGCAGUGAGAAACUCAACGAACGACGCCUGGGAGACCUCCAGGGGACUCUCCACCACGUGGUCAGUCAAUUCAAGGAACUCAGGACUUCUCAAGGACAUCAAGAAGUGCCUGGAGUGCAUGAAAGGUGUCGAUAGACUCAUGUAUGGAACAGCUUCUCUGUAUUACGUUGUAAAUCACACACCACCUGGUGCAGACCUCGUGGCAGCUGCCAAGGAGUGUUUCCUGUACAUGGAGGAGUGGAAGGAGUUGUGCGGCGACGAGGCAGAUCCUGCCAACAAAUUCCCCAGGAUCAAGGAGAAAUACGUGAUCAAUACCUCGAAGCACAUCUUGCAUUCCUAUGGUCUCGGACUCCCGGAGUACCUCAACCUCGUGGAUCGACACGAGGAGUUGAUAAUUUCUCUCUACAAAGACCCCUCCAUUCCCCAGAGAUACAGAAGUGCCACUCGUCAUCGUCCUGACAUCAAUUCAGCUGUUGACGCCCUGGGGGAGGUUCUCCCCCUAAAUCUCCACAAGAUCCGGGGAAAUUUACUCUCCGAUUGGCUUCAACCUGAGUCCUGUGAGACGAAAAACGACAGCAUCACAGCGGUAUUUCGAGAGGAUCACGACGAUACAUUCACCACUGAUGACAAUCUCCUGAGAGCGUGCUACGUCGUCUCGGGGAAAUCCGAGUUCAUUCAUUACCUGGUGCACGUUGCCUUUGAUGAGAAGGAGAAUUACAAUGCUGGAGUGAGAUUCAGAUCUCUCAGAGUCAUCCAGUCCCUCACCGACGAGGCCGAGCUCCAGAGUUACACGAAAAUCAAUCGCGAGCAGUUUCACCAGCACAUGAAGAGCCUCCAGUACCUCACGGAGCUCCAGAGGCUGGGGAUUGGGUACAGCGUCAGUGGAUUCGAGAGCUGCUCCAAGCAAAAACUCGUUCAGGUACUGGUGAACAGUCAGUUCGGGGUGGCCAGGGCCCUGGGACUCAUCCCCCAGAUAUUUCUGGACUUUGGUCUCGAGGAUUUCGAUGUCCUCGAUGCCGCCUUGGGGCGAAUGGUCAGGAUGGGGCUCGUCAAGGAGCUCAAGAGGAGUCUCAUGAUUCUCUCUGGACUCGAUCGACUUGUUAAUUACUCUGGAUACAUCUCUGCUUGGCAACUUGUUAUUUCGGAUGGGCUCGCAAGGCUCGGGAAUGGCGAGGCUAUCCAGGACGCCGUUGAUGCCCUCAGGAUGCUCCAUGCAUGUCCAGUUGUUCAUAAAAUCGAGUUCCAGGACGUCGUGGAGGGCUGCCUCAAGAGCAGAAUUCACGUUGCUGCAGCUCUCCUUCAGUUCCUGGGGGAGGAGCUCAGGGAAAAGGUUCUGGAGAGGAUCUGCAGGGGUGGAGAGCUCCACAGGGCAAUCCAAGGGCUCAAGGAACUCGCUGGGAAGGGCGUCCUGGGCAUCGGACCAACUCUCGUGAUGCUCCAGGAAUUCUCCAAGAACUGAAGACUUCUGUUAAUUGCAUGUGAUCAUUUUUUUUUUCUUUUCAACGAGCAAUUAAUGAUGUAAAUGAAAAUUCGAGAUUAUAUUUUGUACAGAUAUUUACAGGCGAA